AUGACACGGCAUCGCUGCUGGCCAUGGAACUUAACAGUCGGCCUUAUGCUUGCUUUGCAAGCCCACAGCACUCCCUCUGUGAAUGUGGGCAUGAAUGCAGCCUUCCCUGCCGGCCCAUAUCUACUUGAACUCUUAGAGACCGCAGCGGCAGAGAAUUCCUCGUCAUAUUUUCCCCUUCUAGACCGAAUUGCGGCUGGGUCCUUUGCCUCCGCUUCUACAGAUGCUGCUUUGUAUUCUGAGGUUCUUGAUGUCUUGCAAAAAGAUGGCAGCAUAUCUGGCUCCGAGGCCUUGUCUACAUUCAAGCUUGCUUUGUCUUUGCGCUCGGCUGCCCCUCGGAUAGAAGCUCAUUAUCAAUACUACACAACCGCGGUUGCACCCACAGUCGACGAUCCAGAAUGUGUCAACUGGGUGCUACUAGAGGGAAAGCAAUAUUGUACUCCCGAACUGGACAAAGUAAACAGGGAUGGUCUACUUUCUUUGCAAGCGAAACAUUUGCCAUUCGAUCGAACCCUUGGCACCGGUAAAGAAGCUAUCCUCUAUGCCGACCCGACUUCCAACACAUUUGGUGCAUUCCACAAGGCUCUUGCCGAGGCCGCAAGGCAAGGUUCUUUGAGUUAUCGGAUUAGAUACCGCCGUACUGAAACAACACAUGCAGCAGCUUUGCCUAUGAGCGGAUAUGGUGUUGAGCUAGCGCUGAAGAAAACCGAUUACAUCGUCAUUGAUGAUCGAUUACACGGUGAAGAAGCUCAUCAUGAGAGCCCUAGCUCCAGCACCAACCUUGACGACAGUGAGGAUGUGGCCGAUAUCAAACCUUUGGCAGCAUCAGACCUCUCAUCACUCGGAAUGAAAGCGGCAUCAUUUAUAUUACAAAGCGACGAGCCACUGGAGACACUUGUAAAAUUAUCACAGGAUCUGCCCAAGUUUCUGACGUCGAUUGUUGCCCACAAUGUGUCAGCGCAAUUUGAAGAGGAGUUCCAAAGCAACGGCGUAAAAGGAGUGCCGGAUGGAGUGAACAUCCUAUUAGUAAAUGGCGUUCAAGUCAGCGAACGGCAGAUUGAGCCUUUUGCUCUCAUCGAAAGACUACGCCAAGAGCGAAAACUUAUUGACGGUUUCCGUACCCUUGGUCUCAGUGGGAAACAAGCGGUAUCUAUUCUUGGGCAUCAAGCUGUAUCCAUUGCAAAGGACUCUACUGAGCCGUUGCGAUACGACUGGACAGAUCGUCUCGAAGAUGGGCGAGUUUUAAUAUGGCUGAAUGACCUCGAAAGUGAUGAUGCAUACAAAGACUACCCAAAAACCUUGGCAUCGUUAUUGCGAGGAGCAUAUCCUGGACAAUUGCCCCCCAUUGCGAAAAAUAUCUUCACUCUCGUGGCGCCUGUCGAUUUUUCAAGCUCGGAAGAUAUAUCAUUCAUUACGCAACUACUGUCAUUCAUUUCACGAGGCAUCGCUAUCAGAUUUGGUCUUGUCCCUUUGAUGUCAACGCCUGAGGCUACCGCCAAAGCCAAGAUAGUCUAUCACAUAUUCGAGAAUUACGGCAUCCAAGGCCUUGCUAGCUAUUUAGGGAGGCUCCAGGACUAUGCUACAGCAUUGACCAACGAAGAGCUUUUUGCAGAGAUAACCAGGGACCAAACACUCCUUGAGGAUUCGGAGAAGAUGGAGCUCGUCGACGUCCUUGAAAGGGAGACUUACGAGCAACAGCUCAAACUUGCCCAGCAAUGGAUUAAUCGGUUGAAAGCUGAAACCCCGAUUCGACCGAUAUUUUUCAAUGGCCUGUUAAUUCCACGCGACGACAAUUGGAUCCAGGGACUUGGCAUGCAGAUCGGCGACGAUCUUCAAACAGUGCAAAAGGGAGUCUUUCACGGCAUUCUCUCUGACGAUGACUGGGCUCCCAGUGUUUUCCUAAGCAAUGCAAUUACCAGGAGGAACAGCUAUAUAUCCCCCGAAGAUGAGAAAAAGAGUCUCAGGGUGCUCAACAUCAACAAACUUUACAACGAGCAUGCAGAUCUUUUUGAAAGCGUCCCGGUUCUCGAUGCGCUUGCGGGGUUGCAAAAGGAAGACUGGGCAGUAAUGACCGUCAUCGCCGAUCUCACAACAACAAGCGGCAAAGCGUUAGUUUUGUCCGCCCUGGAGUUCAAACGCAAUAACCCGGGCGCCAGGAUCGACUUUGUUCACAAUCCUGUGGCUGCUGCUGGCGCUGCCUCGGUUAAUGCUGCCCUCCGAGCCAACCAAGGAUCGCUGAGUGAUGUCCAGGAUGCAGACAAACUUACAAGCUUGAUGGAAACACAAUCUGAAGAUCUUAACGAUGAUUACUUCGCAGCUUUAGAGCAGUUCCUUGGCACCGCCAAGAUCCUCUCUGGAGCUCAGAUGAUUAUGCUAAACGGUCGAUUGAUUGGACCUAUUUCUGAAGACUCUCAGUUCGAUGUGGACGACUUUCAACAAUUUCUGGAAGUUGAACGAACGAAGCGUAUCCUCCCUGUAUAUGCAGCUAUCGAAGAACUCGGUCUAGGCGAUACACUGGCUACUCCAAUUGACGCAGCUAAAUUAACUUCCAUCACUGCCCUCUCUACAAUUUCCAAUCUUCCCGAAGGAAUAUUCGAAUCAACGUCAUCUGCCCGAACUACUCUUUAUAAUACCUGGGAUUCAACUUAUACAACUAUUGAAAAGGGCGAUCAAGAGACUGCAAGCAUAUACAUCGUUGGCCUCGUAAAUCCAGUCAGUGAGCAAGGCCAAAGGUGGGCUCCCAUUUUGAAGGUGCUCUCUGAGCUACAGGGGGUUCACCUAAAGCUUUUCGUCAACCCCACGGCAAAGAUUGAGGAACUUCCAGUGAAGCGCUUUUUCCGAUAUGUGUUGGAGUCCCAGCCGUCAUUCGACGAAGAGGGGGGCGUUAAGAGGCUAGAAGCUACCUUCAAUGGCCUGCCCUCUGAAGCUUUGUUGACAACCGCCGUUGAUGUGCCACCUGCAUGGCUGGUAGCACCUCUGGUUUCGAUUCAUGAUCUCGACAACAUCAAAUUGAGUGCAGUAAAAACCGACGUCCACGCAACCUAUGUGUUGAAACACAUUCUUAUUGAGGGACAUUCUAGGGAGGGCAAGGGAUCGGCGCCACGAGGAACUCAGUUGGUUCUUGCUACAGAGAAAGAUCCUCUUGUCACAGACACCAUAGUCAUGUCGAACCUUGGCUUUUUCCAAUUCAAGGCUAAUCCUGGAGUUUACACUAUCCAACUGAAGGAAGGCCGCAACGCUGAGAUAUAUGAGAUCGAGAGCAUUGGUGCCCAGGGAUGGAGCCCCGUGCCUGGCGACAACGGCACUGAGCUCGCGUUGAUUGACUUCCAAGGCGUGACCCUAUAUCCCCGUCUCAAUAGACGAAGUGGCAUGGAAGCGGAGGAUGUUCUUCAAGAGAAAGAUGCUCAAGAGAACAAUCUAGUCGCCAAGGGGUUUAAGCUGGCAGAAGGACUCUUUGGCGGAAAAUCCAAAAAGAAAUCGCUUUCUGAGCAGGAACAUGCAGAGAUCAACAUUUUCUCUGUUGCCAGUGGCCACCUCUAUGAGCGAAUGCUGAAUAUCAUGAUGGUCUCAGUGAUGCGCCAUACAAAGCACACAGUCAAAUUCUGGUUCAUUGAGCAAUUCCUUUCCCCCUCCUUCAAGGAGUUCAUCCCACAAAUGGCAAAGGAGUACGGUUUUAAAUAUGAAAUGGUAUCAUAUAAAUGGCCUCACUGGUUACGGCAACAGAAGGAGAAACAGCGAGAGAUUUGGGGCUACAAGAUCCUCUUCUUGGAUGUCCUAUUCCCCCUGUCUUUAGACAAGGUCAUCUUUGUAGAUGCAGAUCAGAUUGUGCGCACCGAUAUGAUGAACCUGAUGAACCUCGAUCUUGAAGGCGCCCCGUAUGGAUUUACCCCAAUGUGCGACUCUCGCACCGAGAUGGAAGGCUUCCGUUUCUGGAAAACCGGAUACUGGGCGAAUUACCUCCGCGGUCGUCCAUACCACAUCUCUGCCCUCUACGUUGUGGACUUGCGGCGCUUCCGAGAGCUCGCUGCAGGCGACCGCCUUCGCCAGCAAUACCACUCGCUCUCCGCCGACCCGAACAGCCUCGCAAAUCUGGACCAAGACUUGCCGAAUCAUAUGCAGUUCCAGAUCCCUAUCCACAGCUUGCCUCAGGAGUGGCUCUGGUGUGAGACUUGGUGCAGCGACGAAAGCCUCGGCGAAGCUCGCACCAUUGACUUGUGCAACAAUCCUCUGACGAAGGAGCCUAAGCUUGACCGAGCGAGAAGGCAGGUUCCUGAAUGGGUUACCUAUGAUGAGGAGAUCGCAGCCUUGAGCCAGCUCUCUAAGGGAGAGGCGGGAAUCACUAACAAAGAAAAGCUUUCUAACAAUGGCGACUCGGACGCAGCUGAGUCGCAAGGCAAGAACACUAAAAGUCGGAAUCUAGAAAGUGAAAAGACACACACGAUGGAUGAACUGUAA